CAGCCCGGGGUAGUCCGCGGGCGCUGAUUGGCCGGCGCAUCCCCAGCGCGGCGCCGGCAAGGAGGCCGCGGCCGAUUCCUUUCCCCUCAGAGCAGCGGCGUGAGCGUCAGGCCGGGCAGGCGAGGAGGUGGAGGUACUGCCGCUCCUGCUCCCUUCGCUAUGGCUUCGUCUUCCUGGGCUCCGAAGGAAGAAAAAAAAAUAAUAUUGCAAGGCUGUUUCUGAUAACAAUGAAAAGCUGCAGGGCAAGGGCAGAAUUCCAUGCAGGUCUUUCGUUUACUUGGGGGGUUCAAAACUCAAAAACAGGUGACCAGAAAUUUUGCUAGUACUUCUCAGACAGUAACGUUGAUCCCAGGAGAUGGCAUUGGACCUGAAAUAUCUGCUGCUGUGGUGGAGAUUUUUGAAGCUGCUAAGGUCCCUGUUCAGUUUGAAGAACGAAUCGUGACUGCGAUCCAAGGACCUGGAGGGAAGUGGACGAUACCACAAGAUGCCAAAGAAUCUAUGGACAAGAACAAAAUAGGAUUGAAAGGCCCUCUGAAAACUCCCAUAGCUGCUGGCCACCCAUCCAUGAACCUACUGCUCCGUAAAACGUUUGACCUUUAUGCAAAUAUCCGCCCUUGCGUGUCCAUUGAGGGCUACAAAACCCCGUACACCGACGUCGAUAUCGUCACCAUACGAGAGAACACGGAAGGCGAAUACAGUGGCAUCGAGCACGUGAUUGUUGAUGGCGUUGUGCAGAGCAUUAAACUCAUCACGGAGGAUGCAAGCAAACGAAUUGCUGACUUUGCCUUCGAAUACGCCAGAAACAAUCAGAGGAGCAAAGUUACGGCUGUGCAUAAAGCUAACAUCAUGCGAAUGUCUGAUGGCCUGUUUCUGAAAAAAUGCAGGGAAGCAGCAGAAAACUGUAAAGAUAUAAAGUUCAACGAAAUGUACCUCGACACUGUGUGUCUGAAUAUGGUGCAGGAUCCAUCUCAGUUUGAUGUCCUUGUCAUGCCAAACUUGUAUGGGGACAUACUUAGUGAUCUGUGUGCAGGCUUGAUUGGGGGUCUUGGUGUGACUCCAAGUGGGAAUAUUGGUGCUAACGGAGUUGCAAUCUUUGAAUCGGUCCACGGGACGGCUCCGGAUAUUGCCGGAAAAGACUUGGCUAACCCAACGGCGCUUCUCUUGAGUGCCGUGAUGAUGCUGCGUCACAUGGGAAUGCAAGAUUAUGCCACUAAGAUAGAAGCCGCGUGCUUCGAGACCAUCAAAGAUCAGAAGGUCUUGACCAAAGAUUUGGGAGGUAACGCCAAGUGUUCAGAGUUCACAGCAGAGAUCUGCCGCAGAGUAACAGCAAUGGAAUAAAAGUCUGCUCUAUGUCCUUCUGGUUUCAGCCACUCCUAAAGGAUGCUUUUACUAAAGCACGUUAUUUAUUACAUGUCAAAUCCAUUUCCUUUCUUCUUCUAGAAAUAAACUCCUUUCCAUUUCUAUUGCUUGAAAUAAUGAAAUUGUUAGCUACCUUGCAUUUCAAACCCUUCUACUUACCAGAAGCGCUCCAUAAACUGAAGUAUAAUUUUUCUCACCCCAACGGUUAGAAGACACUCCUCAGGCUGUCCUUAAGCAGCUUCUUGGCCUUAAAAUAGCACAAGAUAAUUUUUCCCUUGAAAAGAGACCUUUUUCAUCACUCCCUCCUGGAACCUGCCCUUCCAAAGCGCAAAGACUUGAAACAAUGGCAAUUUCAACUAUUGUACAUAAAAUAUAAAGUAUCCAGAUUUUAAGGGCAGAAGGAAUACCAUUAAAUGGUAGAACUUAACCACACGUCCUGUUAGGGCUUUAGUAUUUUUUUACACAUCAUUCCUUGGUCGCUCUAGCAUUUUCCAGCGCAGAUCAGUUCUACAGAUUGCCUUUGUCCGCUGCUGAUUAUGAAGGGAACGCUAAUGCUUUUUUUAUCUUUAUUUGUCUCAGUGAAUACCAAAUAUAUAUUUUGCAAUUACUACUGUAUCUGCAAGCGUAUCGUGGUUGGAGUUGAUAUAGCUUUGGGUUAUAUUUAAAUGUGCUACUCUGCAAUUAAUGGGUUUCAAAGCACUACAAUAAAAGAUGAAUAAGAAAUGUAUCUAGGGGAGGACUAGACUACAUGUGGAGGACGCUGACUGCCGCUUCAAUUCAUCUUCGUUCCAAGUGAUGUGUGUGAAAUCAAAACGCAUGCUAUGGCGUAACUAAGCUGGGAGUUUUCUCCAUCACGCAGGAGAAUGAAAUGUCCUAGGAGGGGAAUCUGACUUGGAGUUGUGGGAACAGACGGUGGAGGAGAGGAGUUGCAGAGAUGCUGGUUUUGAAAGCAUCAAUAAGUCUCCUGCCAGGUCCACUUCCAGUCUUUCCAAAAGGAAAUGUGGGGUAUGUCUUGCUUUUCCCUGGGAAUUCUUGGAAGUCCUGUUGUGUAGUACUAUACGCUGUGGUGCAAACCUUUAGAACGUCUUGCAAUAAUUCCAUGCCCAGCUUGUUACCUGUGGCACAUUCCCAUUCAGUUUCCAAGGUGCAGAUGUGACCUACAGCAGGACUACCCAUCAGACCAAGCCUGCUUACCUUGCUUGGUGUGUGUGUGUCUUGUUUUUGUUUUUUUGAGGGGGGUUUCAUUCACAUUGAAAUCAAACCUGCAGAACUGCUUGCAUUGCUACUAAGAAUUCCCGUUCAGUACCCUAAUCAAUCAGAAAAGUAGCCAUGAGAGAGCGAGCUUAUUCUGUGUUUGAUUCCGCGCCCUGUUUAAUGCAGUAACUUUCAUAUGCCAGUACAGGCUCCAAAUCUGGGAAACAGUCUUCUCCUAGUUCAGAAUGUACGUUUUGGCGGCGGCGGCUGUCUGUCCACCUGUACCAAGUGAGCGGGGCUACCAUUGUAUGCAUAAUGAGAGGAAAAUAAAAGACUUUACAAAGACA